AUGCCCGUAGGGCUCCUCCUCCCACCGCACUGGCUAGGGCCCCUGGCGGCGACCCCCCAGCAGCCUGGAGGGUCCGGUGUCGGCGCUGUCAUGGCUGUCUCCGCCCGCCAGGUGGACGCCCAGUGCCGGCGCCCCAGUGGCUCAGCAAGCGUGUGUGGGAGGGACCACCCUGAGCCGUGCGACCUUGUCCAAGUGCCCUCGCCCCUCAUCACGGAGGAAGUCGCAGAGCACACGCACCACAGCGUGGGCGGGCAGCAGCUGGCAUCCGUCCAGCCCCUCCGCCCUCCUCCCCCACCCUCUGGCCGUCACCCCGUUGUACAGAUGCGCAGGAUGGCGCUCAGGACGAGGCUGCUACGCGCCCCCCAUGCCGAGCACCCACACCUCCCUGGGCGCACGCUGGCAGGGCCCGGGGAACUGUGUUUCCGAUGCCCUUGGCUCUGGUGCCCACCGCCCCACCCUGCGGGCGCAACAUCCUUGCACCAGUUUCGAUCCGGGACCCGCAUCCCUGGAGCGCGGUGCGGGCAAAGCGCCCGGCUGCUCCUGGCAGCAGCGCAGGCGAGGGCAGUGCGGGCUUUGAAGCGCCCCAGGAAAGUCCCGGAAGCAGCUUCAGGCCUCUCCAGCUGGGGGCGCAGGCCUCUGGCUAAUUCCCUGGGGGUCGAGAUAAAACUCGACACCAGGGAAGGUCGGGCAGUGUGUGACCUCCUCACGCUGCCGCUCGCUGCAGACCCAGAGCGGCGCCUGCGCGGUCGUGUCGAGUUCAGCAGCUGUUUGGGGACCAAGGGGACACAAUAUGAGACCAACAGCGUGGACUUCAAAGUCGGGGCGGACGGGACAGUCUUCGCUACCCGGGAUCCUGAACGUCAGGGUUCUCGUGCGUGGCGGGCAACGGACCAGGGACUGCUCACCUUCCACGUGUCCCCACGCUGCGGCAGCCACAUCCUGGUGGCCGAGGGAAGGGCACAGGCAAAGGAGAGCUCUGUGCAGGGCAGCAAAGGACGGAAGGACGCGCUUCUGGAGCCCUCCCCGCCUCCGAAGGACACGCUGCUGCCGUGGCCCCAGCGCCAGAACCCCAGCGGGCUGAGACGACAGAAACGGGACUGGGUCAUUCCACCCAUCAACGUGCCGGAAAAUUCCCGCGGGCCCUUCCCGCAGCAGCUCGUGAGGAUCCGGUCCGACAAAGACAACGACAUCCCCAUCCGGUACAGCAUCACGGGCGUGGGCGCCGACCAGCCCCCCAUGGAGGUCUUCAGCAUCGACUCCAUGUCCGGCCGGAUGUAUGUCACCCGGCCCAUGGACCGCGAGGAGCGAGCCUCUUACCACCUGCGCGCCCAUGCGGUGGACAUGAACGGGAACAAGGUGGAGAACCCCAUCGACCUGUACAUCUACGUCAUCGACAUGAACGACAACCGGCCCGAGUUCCUCAACCAGGUCUACAACGGCUCCGUGGACGAGGGCUCCAAGCCAGGCACCUACGUGAUGACGGUCACCGCCAACGACGCUGACGACAGCACCACGGCCAACGGGAUGGUGCGGUACCGGAUCGUGACCCAGACGCCUCAGAGCCCGUCCCAGAACAUGUUCACCAUCAACAGUGAGACGGGAGACAUCGUGACGGUGGCGGCUGGCCUGGACCGGGAGAAGGUGCAGCAGUACACGGUCAUCGUUCAGGCCACAGACAUGGAGGGGAACCUGAACUACGGCCUGUCCAACACCGCCACGGCCAUCAUCACCGUGACGGACGUGAACGACAACCCCCCAGAGUUCACCACGAGCACGUUUGCUGGGGAGGUCCCCGAAAACCGGGUAGAGACAGUGGUGGCAAACCUCACCGUGAUGGACCGAGACCAGCCCCACUCGCCAAACUGGAACGCCGUCUACCGCAUCAUCAGCGGGGACCCCUCCGGGCACUUCAGUGUUCGCACGGACCCCGUCACCAACGAGGGCAUGGUCACCGUGGUGAAGGCCGUGGACUACGAGCUGAACAGAGCCUUCAUGCUGACGGUGAUGGUGUCCAACCAGGCACCCCUGGCCAGCGGGAUCCAGAUGUCCUUCCAGUCCACAGCAGGCGUGACCAUCUCAGUCAUGGACGUCAACGAGGCCCCCUACUUCCCCGCGAACCACAAGCUGAUCCGCCUGGAGGAGGGUGUGCCCACGGGCACCGUGCUGACCACGUUUUCAGCCGUGGACCCCGACCGGUUCAUGCAACAAGCCGUGAGAUACUCAAAGCUGUCGGACCCGGCGAACUGGCUGCACAUCAACGCCACCAACGGCCAGAUCACCACGGCGGCAGUCCUCGACCGCGAGUCCCUCUACGUCAGAAACAACGUCUACGAGGCCACCUUCCUGGCGGCUGACAACGGGAUCCCCCCGGCCAGCGGCACGGGCACCCUCCAGAUCUAUCUCAUCGACAUCAAUGACAACGCCCCCGAGCUGCUGCCCAAGGAAGCGCAGAUCUGCGAGCGGCCCAACCUCAACGCCAUCAACAUCACCGCGGCCGACGCCGACGUGGACCCCAACAUCGGCCCCUACGUCUUCGAGCUGCCCUUCGUCCCGGCCGCCGUGCGCAAGAACUGGACCAUCACCCGCUUGAACGGUGACUACGCCCAGCUCAGCCUGCGCAUCUUGUACCUGGAGGCCGGGAUGUACGACGUCCCCAUCAUCGUCACAGACUCCGGGAACCCGCCCCUGACCAACACGUCCAUCAUCAAGGUCAAAGUGUGCCCGUGUGACGACAACGGCGACUGCACCACCAUCGGCGCAGUGGCAGCGGCUGGGCUGGGCACCGGCGCCAUCGUGGCCAUCCUCAUCUGCAUCCUCAUCCUGCUCACCAUGGUCCUGCUGUUCGUCGUGUGGAUGAAGCGGCGGGAGAAGGAGCGCCACACCAAGCAGCUGCUCAUCGACCCCGAGGACGACGUGCGCGACAACAUCCUCAAGUACGACGAGGAAGGCGGCGGAGAGGAGGACCAGGACUAUGACCUCAGCCAGCUGCAGCAGCCGGAAGCCAUGGAGCACGUGCUGAGCAAGGCGCCCGGGGUGCGGCGAGUGGACGAGCGGCCGGUGGGCGCCGAGCCCCAGUACCCAGCCAGGCCCGUGGUGCCCCACCCGGGCGACAUCGGCGACUUCAUCAGCGAGGGGCUCCGAGCCGCCGACAACGACCCCACGGCGCCGCCCUACGACUCGCUGCUGGUCUUCGACUACGAAGGCAGCGGCUCCACCGCGGGCUCCGUCAGCUCCCUGAACUCGUCCAGCUCCGGGGACCAAGACUACGAUUACCUCAACGACUGGGGGCCCCGGUUCAAGAAGCUGGCGGACAUGUACGGAGGCGGCGACGAGGAUUAG